CUAUAAAUCUAGCGAUCCCGAAAGUGUUCUGCCCCACUUCUGCACUUGUUCAUCUCUACUCUUCUUUUCUUUUUCUUUUUUUUAUAUCCCUCAUCAAUAAAUCUCACUCUUUUGAAACAAUUAAAGUUGAUCGUAAUAUAGUUAAGCAAAUCACCAUGUUUUUCACUUGGAUAAAAUAAAAUACUAAUAAUGAGAUAGAAGCAGAAAGACCCCUAAAAUCAAUCCCAAUUCUAAAAUUCCAACCCUUAAUUUGAAAAUUCUUUGUGACAAAACCAUCUUUGGCGCUAGAGAGGGAAAAAUAUAUGGCUAAAGCAAAGCAUCAAAAGCCCAAACCUAGAAAACCAGCCAAACAGACCCACAGCAAGAAGCGGGGAGGAAAGCAAAACGAUGUUUCUGAAUUGCGGGAGCAGCUUGAUGCUUUGGGUUUGAAGAUAAUUCAGGUGACUGCAGAUGGUAAUUGCUUUUUCAGGGCAUUGGCUGAUCAAUUGGAAGGCGAUGAGGAUCAGCAUGACAAGUAUCGCGGCAUGGUGGUCGGAUUUAUUAAGGAUAACCGCGAAAUGUUUGAGCCUUUUGUGGAAGAUGAGGUUCCGUUUGAGGAGUACUGCCAUUCCAUGGGAGAGGAUGGUACUUGGGCAGGGCACAUGGAACUGCAAGCAGCUUGUCUUGUCACUCGCAGUAACAUAUGCAUUCACAGAAAUAUGUCUCCGCGGUGGUACAUACAAAAUUUUGACAAACAUGAAGCUCUGAUGAUUCAUCUUUCCUACCAUGAUGGAGAACAUUAUAAUAGUGUCCGCUCAAAGGAGGACACAUGCUCUGGACCAGCUAGGCCAAUUGUUAUAAAGCUAUGUCAAAAGGGUGAUGCUGAUCUUUCAGCGAAAUCCAAUCAACCGAAAGCAGCUGCCAGGAAGUCCAGAGAGGAAUGUCGAAGGAAUGCUUUAUCUGAAGACUCUAUCAAAAUGGUGAAGGCCGGAAGUGGAUGCGAAGAUGCUAGAAAAGUUGAACAGACCCCAAACAGGAAUAGUAAAAUGCGAUAUCACAAACCAGAUAUGAGCUCGUUUGUAUCUACUUCAGACGGGGUUCUACAACAAGUCGGUGGGGAUGUUGAUGUUGCAAUAGAAGUCCUUGUUGCUGAAGAAGGAUCUUCAGAUCAUAUAGUUGUUGAAGCUGAAUCUUAUCCCAUAAUCGAAACUUUUAAUGGAAAUGGUUUUCCAGACAAACACCAAGCCGAGAACAAAGAUCAGCAGAGGCUACUGGUUCAAGACACAACAAUCGAACUGGAUUUAUCUGGCAAUGAUGCGGAGACAAAUAACACAAAAGAUCCACAACCUGAUGAAAAGAAAAUCUCUAGGAACAAGGCUUGCCCAUGUGGCUCAAAAAAGAAGUACAAGUCCUGCUGCGGUACAGUUUCUGGGAGAUCAUCUGCCAGAUUUCCGGUUAACCAAACAGUGGACUAUGGGAAGAGCCGGAAGGACAGAAGGCAAGGUAGAAAAGGUGGCACGAUUCUCUCAAGUCCUGUUCAUUCUGAUGGAGGGCCGCCUGACAUGGGUGCAUUAUGCAUCUAACCACAUCUUCCAGGACAUUUCUGGAUCUAAUUGUGUCAAUUGAGGAGAAAUUGCUUUAUCUUAUUCCUGCAAAAAGGCAAGGCAGGAAAUACCGCUUACUAAAAUAUGGCUCAUACCCUUUAGAUUUGGCAUGGUUAGAAUUUAGUGAACUUGCAAGUUUUGACCCCUUUUGUUGUGUGAUAUUAUGUAGGUUCUAGUAUAGCUGUUUAAAGUGUAAAAUCAAUCGUUUAAAAGUGGAAAUAUAUAGUUAUAAUUUAUUUCCGUUUUAUAAAUGGAUAAAGAAGUUAAAUA